AUGAAAAUGCGUGUCGACGAGAAACUAUUCAUGAAAACUAUCUUCACUAGCCGUGUUGACAAGGAGUGUGAAACUGAAUUAGUUUCGCUUCGCAAUCGGAAACGCGCGGUAUUUAGGCGACAGCGGCGCCGGAGUUGGGUGCACGAUCCGUGUUGCACGACUACGUGCAUACUCAUAAUAUACAUCUGCUUUUAUCGACCUGACCCAAUAUUAUCCGUUAUUUACAACAAAACUAAUGGAUACGGUAAUAAAACAGAAAUGCUUUUCUCUAGUGUUUGUGGAAUUGAUUUUAUAAUCGUAAGCUUAGAUCGAAACUGCAUGAAUAAAUAUUCAAAUUGA